AUGCUGUUCAGUGAGGGAGGAAGAACCAUAACGAGGAAGGAGAGCAAGAGUCCGUCGCUGUCACUGCCGAGCAAAGGUUUGGUUGGUUGGAAAUGGAUUAGGACUUGUAUCCUAUGGCUGUCACAUCUGCUACCCCUUCAAUGGAGUUACAAUAAUACAUGGUUGAAGUUUGUACUUGUCCUGGCAUUUUUUGUUGCUGCUAUAAUUAGAUUUAUAUUUGGUGGUAGUUAUGGUGAUUAUGGCGGUUUUGAACCGCCAUUAUCACAUAUAUAUAAAAUCAAAACUUACAAUCCCCUCCUUUACUUACUGCCGCUCUCUCAUACACGAUACACGAUCGAUGAAGGCUUGCUCUCUGAUCUCCCUCGCUCGUCUCAUCCUCUGCUAGCUACCGCUGCUUUCGACCUCCACCGCCACUUCCUUUUCAACGUAAUCGACGAUUCUAAGCCGCACACACCUCAGAUUUCAGAUCUCAAAGUUGUUUCCCAUAGUCUUCUUUCAAAUCUCAGAUCUCAAAACACCAUAGCCAACUGCUCCUUCACGCCGCCGAGCUUGUUGUCACCGUCGACUGGUCCUUCUCACCGUUGCUUCUCAGAUCCUCUCUUGUCACAACAUUGCCAUCGCCUCCCCUUCCUCCAUUACAUGUUGUUUGGCCUUGACUGUUGGAUGCGGUAAUAAUGCACGAGAAAUUUCUAAUGUUUUCUGCUGCAUGUUCACGAUCUUUGCUACAUUGUUGAAUUUUG